AUGGACAUGUCUAAGCCUUUUGCCCAAUCGCAAACUCAAUGGGUAACUUGCUACACAAUAUAUACAGACGAGACCAGUCGACUACCAUACAAUAUCACUAUAAUUGAUACUCCCGGAUUUGGACAUACUGAUGGAUUACAAAGCGAUGCAGCUAUUGUUGAUCAGAUUCGUGAGUUGUUCCUCGCUUCGGAAGGAAAAGGAGUCACAUGUAUUGAUGCUAUUUGUUUUGUCGUGAAAUCUUCAGAUGCAAGGUUGACAUUUACGCAGCAGUACAUAUUCAGAUCCAUACUGGCACUCUUUGGUAAAGACAUAAAAGGUAAUAUAUGUACAAUUGUUACAUUUGCUGACGGACAAGAACCCCCUGUUAUCCAGGCUUUAUCACAAUUAGACGAGGAACCCAUACCAUAUAAAAUAUAUUUUCCAGUAAACAACUCUGCUAUUUUUUCCAGUCAUAGUGAUCAAAAUCCAAUUUCAACAUCUACAAAAUUUUUCUGGAAUCUAGCUAUGGAAAGUUAUGACACCUUUUUCAAACACUUAGAACAGCUUCACCCAAAAAGUCUUUCCCUCACAACUGAGGUUUUAUGUCUGCGUCAGGCAAAAGAAAACACAAUUUUCAAUUUGCAGAUAGAACUAGACAGUGGUUUUAUCAUGCUCAACAGUAUUCAGGAAGAAGUGCAGAUAUUUAAACAACACAAUCGCGAAAUUAAUGACAAUAAAGAUUUUACGUAUCAAGUUGAAGAGAGUCGGCUAGAAAAGGAAGAUAUAAGUGGUCAAGGAAUUCAUACAACACAUUGUUUCACAUGCAACUACACCUGUCAUGCUAACUGUGCCUUUUCCAACGAUGACGACAAGGCAAGAUGCAUUACCAUGAAUGCCGAUGGGAAAUGUACAGAAUGUCCAAAUAAAUGCGUUUGGCAGCUUCACCACAAUGUUCCAUAUGUAUUAAAGGUCGUAAAAACCAAAGUUACAAAAACCUAUCAUGAAAAAAAAGCAGCAUACGAAGCGGCAAAGCAGAAGAAACUGUCACAAGAAGAAAUAGUUGCCAUCCUACAUUCUGAAAUUGAGGAAAAACAAGAAAUUAUUGACAACUAUUUGAAAAUGAUAACACAGCAUACUAACCAACUAAAGGCGAUAGCCCUACUACCAAACACGCUCUCUACCGUUCAAUAUAUUGAGUUACUGAUAGACGCUGAAAAACGAAUAAAGAGGGAAGGAUUUCAAAGUCGAAUUACAGAGCUAGAAAGAUGUAAAGAGAGGGCUAUGUAUAGCACUACUGUAAAAGAUUUUGAAUCCAAAUUGCAGAUAACCAAGAAAACCAUUCGGGAUGGUAAAACAUCCUCAAGCAGUGAUAUUUAAAUCAGUAGAAAGUAUGAAAUGUUGCUCAAUAAAGGGAAAGAAGAAUAAGUAGAAUCGGAUGUAGACAGAGAAAGAAUAAGUGCAUGUACUUCUUAAAAAGACAAAGCGUCUAUAGCUUCAAAUACAUACAUGACUUAUAUUUUUUUUUUCUAUAUUAAUAUUGAUAUUGUAAUUAGAUCUUUCCACUUUCCUGUGGAAAUACCUUUUGAUUUUGUUCUGAUUAAUAUUUUUUUCUUUUU